CAUUUUUCACAUUCAUUGUCAGUCCUAACAGUUUCAUUUAACUUCACAAUUCUUUGAAUUUCCUCUGCUGGUUGGACCUGCAUUCUUUUUGUCCAUUCCAGUUUUCACAUUGAUUGUCGGUCAUAAGAGUUUCAUUUAACUUCACAAUUCUUUGAAUUUCCUCUGCUGGUUGGACCUGCAUUUCUCUCUCUCUCUCUCUCUCUCUCUCUGAGGCUAAAUUAGUUGUUGGGUCUCUCUUUCUACUAUUUUUGGUGGGUAUUAUUUAAAAGAAUGAGUGAGUCAAAAAAGGAAGUUGACAAAGGAAAUGGAAGGAACUUGGAGUUGGUUUCAUGGGAACAAUCUCUGGCUCAGCCCGACUCUGUUAAUUAUCCAGCAGAAAGGAAGGCAUCACUGAGAGCUCGAUAUGUAUAUGGGUUUAUAUUCCUUUUGACAAACCUAUUGGCUUGGUUUUUUCGGGACUAUGGUGAUGGAAUCCUCACUGAACUUCGAUACCUUAAAGGAUGCCAAGGUGGAGAGGAAUGUUUGCACGCUGAAGGAGUUCUCCGCAUAAGCUUAGGAUGUUUUAUAUUUUUCUUUUUUAUGUUCAUAACCACAUUUAGGAUAACAAAGUUCCAUGAAUCAUGCAACUUCUGGCAUACUGGGUGGUGGAGUUUGAAAUGUAUCCUGUUGAUCGCAUCAUUGUUGGCUUCAUUCUUUAUUCCCUCAGCUUCAAUUCACUUAUAUGGAGAAGUUGCUCGAUUUGGGGCCGGGGUUUUCCUAGUAGUCCAGCUUGUAAGUGUGAUACAAUUUAUCAACUGGUGCGAUAGUUACUGGAUGCGUAAUGAGAAAUUGAAGCAAAGGUUUGGACGGUUUUCCAUCUACUUCUUUGGGUUAUUCUUAUCUACCGUUGCCUACAUUGCUGCUAUUUGUGGAAUCCUAGUGAUGUUUUUGAAAUACGUUCGAGGAACAGCCUGUCCCAUCAACAUAUUUUUUAUCUCUUGGACGAUUGUUUUACUUCUUGUAAUGAUGAUAGUGGCCUUACAUUCAAAGGUUAACACAGGUCUUUUGUCUUCUGGAAUUAUGGGGGCAUACAUUGUCUUCUUGUGUUGGUCUGCUAUAAGGAGUGAACCUGACGCUCAACAAUGCAGCAUGCGGAAAGAAAUGGUUGUAAGCAAUGAUUGGACCACUGUACUUAGCUUCCUAAUUGCUAUUUCUGCAAUAGUCAUGGCGACUUUUUCCACAGGGAUCGAUUCACAAUCAUUUCAGUUUCGCAAGGUUGGAAUCCAGUCGGAAGACAGCAUACCUUAUAAUUAUGGGUUUUUCCACAUUGUAUUUUCUUUGGGUGCUAUGUACUUUUCGAUGUUAUUGAUCAAUUGGGAUCUAGACCACUCAACGCAAAAGUGGAGUAUAGAUGUUGGUUGGGCUAGUACCUGGGUUAAAAUCGUCAAUGAGUGGUUUGCUGCCAGCAUCUACUUAUGGAAAUUGGUUUCUCCCCUUCUGAAAGAGACGAAGAAUAUGAAUGGAGGAGAAUCUGUAUCAAAUUCAGAUGGAUCAACAUGACUCAAGUGGCAGAUCCCUGAAAAUCGAUUUUCCAUGCUCUCUCUGUCUUUGUUCGUUUAUUCUUCUAUGUCUUUGUAAGUUUAGAUUCAUUUCUCAAGCAAGCAUGAAAUGCUAAUUAUGAUUUUUUACCUGGAUAGUAUGCAAUGUUGUAUAAAUGUCUAGAAAAAGGUCGAUUUUACUCUUGCAUUAUAUGAUUUCUUUAUUCUUUUCCUCAUUCCA